GUGGAAAAUUUGUUAAAGAUUUUUCAUUGAGCAGAAAAAGUAGCAAAAACUAAGUGAUAAUUUAAAGAUUAAUUAAACUUAGUGAUAAUUUUGACUUAUAAAGUACUGUAAAUUAGUAGUGACUCAAAAAGCAAUUGAAAGGAAUCAGCUAAAGAUAUAUUAUAAAUUUUUCUGUCAGAUGCAAUAGACUAAAAAAUCAAUAAUAAAAGGAAGAGAAAGAGUUUAAGACAAGAGAACAGAAAAUCGAAGAUCUCAAGACUAUAUUUAACUGGGUACGCAAUAAUCAUUUAAAAUGGCAGUGCGAAUGAAAGCAACGAAAUGUCCAACAGAUGAGUUGUCACUUAAAAACCGUGCAAUCGUUCAUCCAACUGACUUUAUUAACAACGAAAACUACAUUGAUGUAUCAACUGGACCUGGACAGCACUUUAUAUUUGCAAUUGAACGAAGUCCUGAAGUUCCACCACGUUCAGUAGGAUUUUCCUUACUUCAGAGAAAAUGGGCUACGCUGUCAAUCAAUCAAGAAAUUGAUGUCAAGCCUUUCCGAUUUGAAGGCUCUGGAAAUGAACAUGUUAUAUGCAAUGUCGUAUUGGAAGUUGACUUUCUUCAAAAGAAGACAAUUACAACCGAACCAUAUGAUUCUGAUUUAAUGGCUAAGGAAUUUCUCAUGCAAUUUGCUGGACUUGCUGUUACAGUCGGUCAGCCAUUGGUAUUUAGUUUCAAUGAUAAGAAAUUAUUGGGAUUGAGUAUCAAGUCGAUUGAAGCUAUUGAUGCAUCAGCAUUCCGUGAUAAUAAAAACGCUGAGCCAAAAAAAAUUACUUUCGGACGACUUACUGCUAAUGCUGUUGUCCAAUUUGAAAAAUGUGAAAAUUCAGCACUUAAUUUAGUGGGAAAGGCAAAAGGAAAAAUCGUCAGACAAUCGAUUAUAAAUCCAGACUGGGACUUUGGAAAGAUGGGAAUCGGUGGUUUGGACAAGGAAUUCAACGCUAUCUUUCGACGUGCGUUUGCAUCUCGAGUUUUUCCACCUGAGGUUAUUGAACAGCUCGGAUGUAAGCACGUUAAAGGCAUCUUACUUUAUGGACCACCAGGUACUGGUAAGACAUUGAUGGCUCGACAAAUUGGUACAAUGUUGAAUGCAAGAGAACCUAAAAUUGUAAAUGGUCCACAAAUCUUGGACAAAUAUGUUGGUGAGAGCGAAGCAAAUAUUCGUAGACUUUUUGCUGAUGCAGAAGAAGAAGAAAAGAGAUUAGGUCCAAACAGCGGUCUUCACAUUAUCAUAUUUGACGAAAUCGAUGCUAUUUGUAAAUCUCGAGGCUCAGUUGCUGGAAAUUCAGGCGUCCACGAUACGGUUGUGAAUCAAUUAUUAGCCAAGAUCGAUGGUGUUGAGCAAUUAAAUAACAUUUUGGUUAUUGGUAUGACAAAUCGACGUGACAUGAUUGAUGAUGCUUUAAUGAGACCUGGUAGAUUAGAGGUUCAAAUGGAAAUUGGCUUGCCUAAUGAACCUGGACGAGUACAAAUUUUGAAUAUUCAUACAAAACGUAUGAGAGAAUUUAAGAAAAUUAAUGCUGACGUUGAUUGUAUCGAAUUGGCAUCACUUACUAAGAAUUUCAGUGGUGCUGAAUUGGAAGGUUUAGUUCGUGCAGCACAAUCUUCAGCUAUGAAUCGUUUAAUUAAAGCAGCAUCGAAAGUUGAAGUAGAUCCUGAAGCUAUGGAAAAACUUCUCGUUUCGCGUGAUGACUUUAUGUAUGCAUUAGAAAACGAUGUUAAGCCAGCAUUUGGAGCUGCUGCAGAAAUGCUCGAUAACUUCUUACAGAGAGGAAUAAUCAAUUGGGGAGCUCCAGUAAGUCACAUCUUAGAAGAUGGAGCUUUAUAUACCGAACAAGUCCGAACUUCAGAAACAUCAAGUUUAAUUUCAAUUUUAUUGGAAGGUCCACCGAAUUCUGGAAAGAGUGCAUUGGCUGCAAAGAUUGCCAAGUUAUCAGAUUUUCCAUUUACUAAGGUCUGCUCACCAGAUGAUAUGGUUGCAUUUACUGAAUCUGCCAAAUGCUUACAAAUGCGUAAAAUCUUUGAUGAUGCUUAUCGUUCAACUUUGAGUUGUAUUGUCGUCGAUAAUAUUGAACGUUUAUUGGAUUAUGGUCCAAUCGGUCCUCGUUAUUCAAAUAUUACACUUCAAGCACUGCUUGUUCUUCUCAAGAAACAACCACCAAAAGGACGAAAAUUGCUCGUAAUUUGUACUAGCAGUCGUCGACAAGUUCUCGAAGAUAUGGAAGUCCUUUCAGCAUUUACAUCCGUUUUGCACGUCCCUAAUUUAUCAACACCUGAACAAUUACUUUCCGUCUUGGAGGAUUCUGAUGUUUUUACCAAGCAAGAACUUCAUUCAAUUUCCAAAAGAAUCAAGGAUUAUAAAGUAUUUGUCGGAAUCAAGAAGUUGUUGGAUUUAAUUGACAUGGCACGCUACACGGAACCGUCACACAGAGUCAUUAAAUUGUUGACAAAGAUGGAAGAAGAAGGAUGUCUUGAGCCAAAACACUAACUCCAAAGAGUUAUCAGUGAAUUGAAGCCAUGCUUAAUCGAAGAGACAUUUUAAAGAUUCGUGACUACGCAUUCAUUAUUAAUGAAUAAUAUAUCAAACAAAAUAAUACUAAGUCAAUUUAUUAAAAAAGAAAGUUAAAAUGAAGCACAUGCAAUUAAAAAUAUGAAAGGUUUAUGCUUAAGUGCUUAAUAUACGAUUGAUAUGGUUUAAGCUCCAAAUAAGGUUGGAGAUUGUUUUUUUCUUCUCUAUAAUAGAAUAAAUAUCUCAUGUUAAAAUCGUAGUUGAAGGAUAUAGAUUAAAAGAUUCUUGUAACAUGUCAUUCCUAAAUGUAUGUAGCUGUUAAUUAUAAUAAUCUGUGCGUUUAUUAAGCGCAUUUAAAAGAAAUUAUAUUAAAAUAUUUAUUAUUCACUCAAAUUUUCAAAUACUAUGAGACACCACACUCUCUGUUAUAUACUCUAGUCUGUUAGGGUGAUUAAUCAAUUUAAGUCUCGAAUCUCGAGAUAUUAAAAAUUAAAGAAAUUUAAUUACGUAUGGAACUGAAUGAUAUUCAAGAUUUUGCUCUCAAUGUGCUGAAUAUAUACCUAAUCUCGAUAUCCUGGCUUCAAAAUUUAAAGAACUUACCUAUUAAUUAAUCUGUUAUAUUGCUUAUAAUAGAAUAGUACCUUAAAAGCUGCAUAACUUGUGCAAAUAACGAAUCAUAAACUACCGGUUUUUUUAAACUCAAAAAUCUUCUUUUU